UCUCAAGCUCCACUGAAGGUUCUAAGUUGUACAGUUACAGUUGGAAUGGUGUCUCUUCUUCCAAUCAAUAGAUUUGAAGCAAGAAAGUCCCAAGUCACAGAGAGAAGAAAUCCCAAAGACAGACCUACACAACUUUCAUUCUCCCGAGUAAUUAAGCUCCGAGCUUUUCUGUUUAUUCAACUUUCCGAGACCUCUCUCCGGGCUCUGCUGCAGAUAGGAAACUCGAUCAGCUCAGGCUCCAAUGGUGGAACGAAGACAUGGGUUUGCGGUGAUCUGCUCAAUUAUCAUCUUCCUGGGCCUGGUUGCCUUCUCGACGUGUAUAGCUGCUGAGGUCAAGCGAACAAAGGUGAAAGAUAUAAAGUUUCAUCGAAAACUAUGUUAUGCUCCAACCAGCCCAGCGUUUGGGCUCGGACUCGCAGCUUUGAUCUGUCUCUUGGGGAUUCAGUUCGUCGGAAACUGUGUCAUCGGCAAGCAGUUUUGGUCAAGAGAGAAGAAAACCGAAUUGAAGGCCAGGAAACCAAUAACGGUAGCAAUGACUUUGUUGGUUCUCUCAUGGGUUAGCUUCGUAGUAGCAAUGGUGUUACUGGGUGCGGCUACAAGUAUGAACCACAGCCAGGCCUAUGGGAAAGGGUGGCUAGAUGGAGAGUGCUACAUGGUCAGAGAUGGAGUGUACAUUGGCUCAGCUGUGCUAAUUCUGGCUACUGUUAUCUUUUCACUUGGAUCCAUCUUGAUGACAAGGAAGAGAGAUUGGCAAUGGCAUGUGUAAAACCAGAGCUUUCUGGUUUGUUUUUUUUCUUGUUGUUAUUCAUUGAGAAUGCUGAUAUAUAUACAGUCGAGUCUCCUACAUUUACAAGGAUAAGAAGAUACAAAGAAGAUAAACAGAGACUCCUAAUUCAAUCCUAAUUGUAAUCCUAACACCCCCCCUCAAGUUGGAGCAUGCAG